AUGAGCACUGCGGGCCCAGAAGUGGAGUCAGCGUGCUCGGACCGCCGCACCACGGAUAACGAGAGAAAUCGGGCAGCGGCGCUUCGCAGGCACUCACAGCCCACCAGCAUGACGCAGAUGGUGAAGAUCUUCUCCGCGUCUGUCCCACCGACUAGAGCGACAAGCGGCGCUGCGGCGGUGCUGCAGACGCGGGCGCGGCGCAGGCGCGGGGCGGCGGGAAUCGACGGAAGGAAAGAGCGGCGGGAGGGGGAAGCGGGGGGAGAGACGGGCGGGGCACCGCGCCAGAGCUGGGGGAACUUCCUCCAAACGCCGGGGCCGGCGCGCGCCUGGGCCUCCAACCGCAGCCCCGCAGCAGAUGGACGAGGGCCGGCGCCCCGGCCGGUGCGGCGCGACGCUCUGCCGGCGCCCCGCCUCCGCCUCCGCCCACGUCUCGGCCUCGACCUCGGCUUCGGCCUCCGCCAUCGCGGAAACGUCGCUCCCUGCGGAGGCUUCUCAUUCUCCGCUUCUCACGAGAUCACGCGCACUAUUCCACGUGAUUUAAAUGGCGCGCCAACGGAGGCCCCCGGGCGGGCGCGGGGCGGGGCGGGGCUCGAGCUUGAAGCCUCGGGGGCGGAGGAGGCGCGUUGGCGGGAGGCGAAGCGGGGCCGACGCAGGACGGCGACUUGCGGCGCAUACGGGACGAGAGGGAGGGGCGAAGGAGGCGAAAGGACGAGAAGGCGGAGGGGACGAGAGGAGAGGGGCAAGGGCCUAGAGGAAAUUGUUAGGGGAAGAGCAAAAAGAGAGGGUUUGAGGGUCGCGAAAGGCGCGCACCUUGUGCGACGGGCCCGGCCCUGUUGUUGGCAUAGUAGAACGGUUGUCGUUGCGAGCGCGUCCAGCAAACCGACUUUGCUUCGAGCGAGCCGCUCUGCGAUCCGCCCCUGCGCUCUGUGCGCGACGUUGGCCGUGGUGACCCAUCCGGAAAAGAAGCGGGUCUACGUUCUUCGGCUUUCCCCCAUCAUCUAA